GGCACUAACACCUUAAAAUUAUUUUCAUGCUUGCUUGACAGCUGCCUGCCUCUUCAAGACUUCUAACAGCAUGAUAUCUGGUGAAACAGUGUUAGUGCAUUUGGUACUGGCGUGAUGGCUACUCUAGAAGCUGUCAAGAAGAAGCAAAACUAUACUAGUGUACACGACGCUGUGAGAGCUGGUGACGUGGAACAGCUUGCAUCAAUGAUAAAAAGUGGAGCCGAUAUCAAUGAGGUGGAUUUAGUCCACAAAUUCACACCGUUGCACUGUGCUGCACACUGCGGAAGUCUAGAGUGCCUUCAUUGGUUGCUUUGGCAUGGAGCUGACCCAGCACGCGUCACUGUUGGAGGCUGGACAGCAGCUCACCUCGCGGCUAUCCGAGGUCAGGAUGCGUGCAUGCAAGCUUUGCUAAGAAAUGGCACAAGUGGAGAAGCUCAAGAUGACCGUGGGUGUACAGCGUCCCACCUGGCUGCAGCCCACGGGCAGUCUUACACCCUGCAAACAUUGCUGCGAAGUGGAGCGAAUGUAAAUGUCUCAGACAGGAAUGACUGGAAACCUGUUCAUUAUGCUGCUUUUCAUGGUCGCUUGGGGUGUUUGCAGCUUCUUGUGAGAUGGGGAGCAUGCAUAGAUGAGGUGGAUAACAGUGGAAACCUUCCAGCUCAUCUGGCAGCGAUGGAAGGACACUUGCAUUGCUUUAAGUUCUUGGUCAAUAAAAUGGCCAGUGUCGUGCACACACUGAAAGCCAGAAACGACCACGGAGAGACUCCAAGGGAUUUGGCUGAACGGUUCUAUAAAGAUAAUAUUCUGCAAUAUAUUGACAGUGUGGAAAAAGAGGGGGAGCAUCCAGAGAUGCAGGAAGUUUUAGCUUUCCCAGCCCACUGUGCUGCUUUCAAAGGGGACUUGUUAGUGCUUAGAAGAUUAGUGAGAAGUGGAGUAAUCAAUAUUAAUGAGCGGGAUGAUAAAGGAUCCACUCUCAUGCACAAAGCUGCCAUACAGGGGCACAUCCAUUGCUUACAGUGGCUGAUUGAAAUGGGAGCUGACUGUGACAUUACAAAUGAUGCUGGAGAGACUCCAAAGGAUGUAGCCAAGAGAUUUGCCCAAUCAUCAGCUGUGGAACUUCUGACUCAAAGAACUGGAGACAGUAACUCUAGUGAAGAAGAACUUGACCCAAACGACAUAAAGUUUUUUGAAAGACAUGGUGUGGAAGGGAGUACAGAUAGCAAAGAAGAUUUAACCCUGGAUAAAGAAGAGAAAAGGAAUGCACGCAUAAGGGCCUAUCGCAAGAUUGAAGAACUUCAGCAACUUCUAGAAAUUGCCUACAGCAACUACAGACAGCUGGGAGGAAUAACUGAAGAGGAGAAGAAGAUGAAAAAAGAAGAAAGGGAAGUUGAGAAACUUGUGAAGGAGCUGAAUGCCCAGCUGGAGUAUGAACGAGUCAGGCGGGAGAAGCUGGAGAGCCAGCUGGAUGAGUACCGUGCUGAGAUAAGGCAACUUAGAGAGAAGCUGGAGAAAACCUGCAUCCCCCCUACCGUCCCCAUGGAAGCUGAGACCAUCCCCAAGUCUUGCAAAGAGAAAAAGAAAGUAAAGAGGAAACCAGCCAGCAUCCCUGGAGGAACUUUUGUGAGACUGCGCUGAACAACCAACCUCCGAUGAGGUGCAGGCAGACUGAGGAGGUAGAGUGGCAGCAGAGUAGACAAUACAAAGUGUUUGCACAGCCCAGCUCCCCGGAGAAAUUGUGGACGAACUAGUUUUUUAGUUCUCUUGAAUACAAAACAUUUUUAAAUCACAGUAGUAACAGUUUUUAUGUUAAAAAAGGCAGAAAGCCACCUCUUCCUGUCCAGGUAGGAGUUUAGCAACAGCUUUGCAAAUUAUAAGGUGACAUUAAAAGGGUUAAUUGUAGCCAUGUCAUAGGCCCUCCUAAGUCUGAGAAAAGAACACCAGCUAUUAGGAGGAAAACAAAUAAAUCACCUUGCCUCCUAAAAUAAUUAGGUAGGACCUUCCGUGUAGAACCAGGAUAGUCUCUGGGAGAACUUCUUGGCUGCAGAUUGGUGCCAGGCCCCUUGAUUGUCAUCUUCAAGUCAUUCCUAAAUAAGCCAAGAAGCGAUUCCCUUGUGAGGUGCCAGGUGAACUGGAGCAGAGGCCUUUGGGUCUAACUCGGGGCUGAAGCAUUCGCUAGGUUAUGGGGCACAGUGUUAGAAAUGGCACAUUUCCUGACCUCCAUACGUUUAAUGACUUCACAUAUAAAGAUUUUUCUCUCGUCCAUGUGGUACUGUGAAAUUCCUUUCCCUUUGGAACCUCCAUGUGCAUAAUGUUUCGAGAGUUUUGGUUUCAAUAAGAAAUCCUUGCAGUUUAGGGUUAAUUCGUAUUUCGAUCCUAAACUGUUCUAUCCUUAGCUCCCAAAGGAAACUGAAUCUCCAAGACUUUCAAAGGCACUGAAAAAGAUGAGUGCUUUUGUUUGCCCUGACUGAGGGACAGACACGUGGAGCAACAGCACAAGCCCUGUACUGGAGCUAAAGAAGAGAAAUCCCGUCAUCAGAGCCCACAUCAGUGUGUGCAGGGUGAUGGUGGCGAGAACUUGCAGCAGAUCAGCAAUGUCCUACAUCAUCCCUGGUGCUAAACCCUCAUGUAGGAACAGUGCAAGAGAUUACUCUGAGUUAUUCUGCGUCCAGCGAAGGGCACCAAAACUGAGGAAGGGUCUGGAUCUGGAGGAGGCUGAGGGGAUUACUCUCUGCAACUCCUGGAAAGAAGACUGGAGCCAGGGCAGGGGUUGGGCUCUGCUCCCAAGUAGCAAGGGAUAAAUAAGAUGAGAGGAAAUAGCCUCAAGUUGCACCAGAGGCAGUUCAGGCUGGAUAUUAGGAAAAAUUCUUUCACCAAAAGGGUAGCCAAGAACUGGAUGAGGCUGCCCAGGGCAGUGGUGGAUUCUCUGUCAAUGGAGGGAUUUAAAAUCUGUGUGGAUGGGCACACAGGGACACGGUUUAGUGGUGGGCUUGGCGGUGUUGGGUUAAUGGCUGGACUCAAUCUUAAAGGUUUUUUCCAAUCCAAAUGAUUCUCUGAUUCCUCAGAAAUGGUUAUAGCUUACAAGAAGAUGAAUAUGUACAUGUAACAGUUAGAACAGACACAAGCAGCUGCGGGGCUGCUAAGAUCUUUGCUGCUGGCACCCAUGCCCACUGGGCAAACACACAGACAGCAGGAACACACAGGAACAGCAGCUGCUGCUCCCAGUGUAAUGGCCUGUUGUGAAAGCCACAUUUUUGCAGCCUAUUGACCUGUAUUCAAAUCUCUCACACACUCACAUAGCAAAUAUAAGAUUCAUUUUAUUUUCUUAAAUAAUUUAAUGUACAGAAU